UGGCGCCGAACCAGCGUCAACGUCAGCUUUUCAUUUCGAAGAAAGAAUUGAAAAAAUUGAAUGGCAGAAGAUUUUCGAAGUAGAGAUAAAAAUUAGUCUAUUUUCUCCGAGGAAACAGUGAAUCCGGAAACUCUUUCAUCACUUCACGAUUAAUACAGCCAGACGAAUCGGUCGACACUGGUCUCAUUUAUCCUGGUGUGGACACAGCGUUCAAUCUGAUUUUAUCAGCUCGAUUUUGUUCCACUAUAUGGUGUCACAUAACUGAUUGCGACGAGACGUAUAAUUAUUGGGAACCAAGUCAUUAUUUGCUUUAUGGUACUGGUCAGCAAACGUGGGAGUACAGUCCCCAAUAUGCUUUAAGAUCAUACAUGUACUUGUUGAUUCACAUGGUGCCAGCGAAAUUGUAUCACUACUUGCUGGAACCAAAUCCUAUUCUAGUCUUUUAUUUCGUAAGAUGUCUAUUAUGCAUGGGCUGUGCACUGUCCGAAGUAUACUUCUACAAAAACGUGUGCAGAGAAUUUGGGAUUCACAUAGGAAGACUGACAUUAGUAUUUCUUAUCCUUAGCUCUGGCAUGUACAUCGCCAGUGCCGCGUUCCUACCAUCCUCUUUCUCGAUGUAUCUAAGUACUGCUGCCAUCGCGGCAUGGUACGGUCGCCGGUACGAAUUAGCGAUCUUCGGAACAGCUUUAUCCGCUCUAUUGGGAUGGCCGUUCGCCGCAUUACUCGGACUACCAAUAGCAUUGGAAAUGUUAAUGCGUAAAAAGAAUUGGAGCAAGUUCGUAAAAUGGGUGAUCAUAUCCGGUACCGUCGUUUUAGUACCGAUGGUAUGGAUCGAUUCGAUGUAUUACGGAAAACUGGUAAUAGCACCGUUAAAUAUUAUACUGUACAACGUGUUUACUAAUCACGGACCAAACAUCUAUGGGACAGAGCCGUUCAGUUAUUACAUUUAUAACGGGUUCCUGAAUUUUAAUUUCAUUUUCAUCGGCGCACUAUGGGCUCCCCUUGGAUUGUUUCUAGUGUGGCUUAUUGUACCAGCCAGGGCAAGAGAUCGUCUAUGUUUGCCUUAUUGGUUCUCGUUAGCACCGUUGUACCUAUGGCUCUUAGUGUUCUUCUUGCAACCACAUAAGGAGGAACGAUUUUUAUUCCCUGUAUAUCCAAUGAUCUGUCUGGCCGGCGGUAUAGCUGUGGACACCGUGCAAAAAUUGUAUUUCUUCGUUAGAACGAAGCUCAGCUCUACGCACAUUGCUUAUCACUAUCUACAAUACACCAUACAUUUUACAUUCUUUGCUAUAUUGAUAUGUGGCUUCCUUGGAAUAUCGAGAUCAUUGGCAAUUUACAAAGGGUAUUAUGCACCGAUGGAAGUGAUGAUCGACGCUAAUAAACUUGGCUUAGAGAAAGAAGUGCCCAAGGAUGUAAAUAUUAAUUUUUGCAUCGGCAAAGAGUGGCAUCGAUUUCCGAGUAGCUUUUUCUUUCCAUCGAAUAAUUGGAAGCUGCAAUUUCUACGAUCGGAAUUUAAAGGCCAAUUACCUCAAGCUUUCUUAGAUCACGAGAAUGCGACUAGUGUUGUACAGCCUUAUUUUAAUGAUAUGAACAGGGAAGAACCUACGCGUUAUUUUAAUUUAGAGAAGUGCCAUUUUAUAUUGGACUUGGACACCGGCACUGAGACAACAUUGGAACCAAACUAUUCUGGAUUAAGCAGUGAUUUUACGAUAAUUAAAUCAUCGCAAUAUUUAGAUGCUGCGAAAUCGCACCGUUUUUUCCGAGCGUUUUAUAUACCCUUUGUAUCGCAUAAAUAUUGUACAUACGGCUCAUACAAUUUAUUACAAAACACUAAAUUGAAAUCCAUUCCACUUCUAUUGAAGGAACAAACGGAUAAAUCUUCCUGAACUGUAGAUACGUGUAUAAUUUUAAUAAACAGGGUCUCUGUCAAUGGUAUUAAUAA